UUUCUCACUCCUAAUUGCAGAUGUCAGAAUAAAAUUUGUAUAUUUUCUUUUUUUUCUGCGAUGCGUUUAAUGGAUAUUCAGUAUAAAAACUAAGAUAACAUAUAUUGGAUUUUCAAUAGAAAGAGUUGGAAUGCACAGUUAAACAAAUGGAAAGUGAAUCUGUUGAGGGAAACUUGAUCGAACUUGUCAGUAAAUCAUUUCCGGAGGAGCAUAUUGAGGAAUUGUCAGCUGAAGAUUGCGAGAACACUGGAAAUAAUAAAGUGCGUAAAUAUAGCUUUGUGUGGCAUUAUUUUCGCUCUGCAGAAAAUGAUGUUGGAGGUUCUCUAGAAUGUGUCAUAUGCACCAGCAGCGUAAGCAAUCAGACUAGCAACUUGGCCCGACAUUUGUUUUCCGCACACAAUAUAACCAAGAAAUCCCAUAGUGGUGAAGUGGAUAACGAAACUAGCGCUCAUAUCGUUCUAAGUAGGCCAAGCCGGAGUUUUAUAUGGAAAUAUUGCACAAAAGAAGAUUGUAGGUACGCACGAUGUCAUUUAUGUGAUAAGCUAUUGUAUUUUGGUUCCGGAAACACCGCAAAUUUAACUAAACAUUUGCGACGUAAACAUUCUGAAGUUAUUCAAGAGGAAAGUAGUUCAAAGGAAAUGGAGGAUUCUGAAGAUUUACUCACUGUUUUAUCAUCAAAGCAAAUGGACUCAUCUAUUAACAGUUGCGACGAGGAAUUUUGUAAAAUCAAAGAAAACACUUCUGAUAGUAAACAAUCACGCAAAGAACGUAAAGGUAGUAGUUAUGUAUGGAACUAUUGCGAAAAGCUUUCUAGACAUACAAUUCGUUGUAAACUUUGUCAGAAAGUAAUGAGCUUUCAUGGUACAGCGAAUGUAAUAACCCAUCUACAACGACGCCAUAAUAUAAUUGGGCGUGUAGACAAUGAAACAACAACUUUUAAUGAUGGAGCUGAAGAAGAUAAUUUGUUGCCCGACUCAAAAGAAGAUUCCGAUAUAAAUGUGCAUCGGCGCAGGAGACCUGCGGCGGGAACCAGUAUUGUUUGGAAAUAUUGUACCCGCCUUGGUCCGGAUGUGGUUCGCUGCAGUUUUUGCAAAAAGAAUUUAUCGUUUCAAGGCACAAGUAAUUUACAACGCCAUUUACAUCGCAUGCAUGGUAUUGUUACACAAGGGAGAGAAUUCAAGGAAGUGAAUUACGGUUCAGCUGAAAUCGAUGAUAGUUUUGUAUGGGAACAUUGUGAUCGCAUAGAGAAUAGUAAAAUAAAAUGCUCCAUGUGCAAUAGUACCUUUAACGAAAAAGAAUUUUCGAAAAUUCGAACGCAUCUUACAGUAACACACGCAAUACAUUUGGGUCCGCCACCGAAAUUACGCAGACGAAAUGUGGUUUCAGAGGAUACUUGUGAAUCAGAUGAAUAUGAGGACGAAAAUGAUGAUGAAAAUUGGAAAGUUGAGAACGAAUAUACAACAAUAGAGUUUAAUGAUGAAAAGAUAAAGAAGGACCAAACAACUUUCGAUGAUAUAAUAGAAGAAGAUCAAGUAGGACAAAUUAAUUGCGAUGAAGAUCCUUUUGAUCCUAAUAUGUUGCAUGCUUAUGCUGUUGCGCAACCUUUGUCACCUACUUCUAGUCGUGAAGGUUCACCAGAAUGUAAAGUAAAGAGACCAGCAAAUACCGAAAGAUUGCGUGCAUUAAAUGAGGAACGAUUGCGCAUGGAAACUGAAUAUUUUCGAGAAAAGGCAGGAUUUUAUCGUAUGCAAAAAUAUUUCACCGCUUUGCAGGCCAAAAAAGUUCGAAUUGAAUUAGAACGUAUGCAUAGUUCAAGCUCAAAUGGUACAUCUUAUCAUGUUGAUCUAGAUAUUUCAAAUGUCGAAACUUCCAUAAAUACCAUGUAAAGCAAAAAAAAAAAAAAAUAGAAUAAAGACUUAAAUAUUUCGAACCAUUA